AUGUCAUCAUCACCUCGACCUUCGUUGAAGAACAUAAGAAGAGUAGCAAGUCCUAGUCCACUGGCAAGACCUAUAUCAAAUAGAAGAGUUCAUGAACUGGAUAGAUUAUUAAAUAGAAUAGAUUCUUUAAAAUAUUCAACUACUUCUGAUGAUGAUUCAUGUUCAAUAAAUUAUUCACAAUAUACUCCUACUUCUUCAAAUUUUGAUCAAUUAGAAUGGGGAGAUAUUUUACCUUAUUAUUUACCUUGUUUAUCAUGGAUAAAUAAAUAUAAUUUAAAAUAUUUUAUUGGUGAUUUAAUUGGUGGUUUAACUUUAGUAUUUUUUCAAUUACCUUUAUCUUUAUCUUAUGCAACUACAUUAGCUCAUGUUCCUGUUAUUUCAGGUUUAUAUUCAUUAGGAUUAGCACCUUUAAUUUAUAUGAUAUUUGGAAGUGUACCACAAAUGGUAGUUGGACCAGAAGCUCCAAUUUCUUUAGUUGUUGGUCAAGCAGUAGAACCAUUAUUACAUCAUGCAAAAAAGAAAGAUUUAGAUCCAUUAGAAUUUGUAGCUGUUGUAACUUUUAUAAGUGGUGCAAGUUUAUUAGGAUUCGGUUUAGGAAGAUUAGGAUUUUUAGAUAAUGUAUUAAGUCCUUCUUUAUUAAAAGGUUUUAUUGCUGGCGUAGGUAUAGUAAUGAUUAUAAAUUCAUUAAUUAUUAUUUUGGGUUUGGAAGCUUUACUUAAACAAAUCUCAGAUGAUCCAAAUCAAAUGGAUAUUCAUUCACCAUUUGAUAAAGUAGUGUUUCUAAUAAUGAAUUUUGGAGAAUUUGAUUCAUUAAGUCUAAAAAUUGGCUUAGUUGGAUUUAUUGUUAUAAUGACUUCAAAAAUUUUAAAAAAGAAAUAUUCAAGAUUGAUUUUAUUACCAGAAAUUAUGAUUGUUGUAGUUGUUGCAACAAUUCUUUGUCAAAUUUAUAGAUGGGAUUUAAAAGGUUUAGCAGUAAUAGGGAAAGUUAAAAAUAGUAAUGUUUUAACUCUUUAUAAUCCAUUUGCAUGGAAAUUAAUUAAAAAAUUAGGAACUUCAGGAUUUUUAUGUGCAAUGUUGGGAUUUUUUGAAUCAACUACUGCUUCAAAAUCAUUAGGUUCAAGUUUUGAUUUACCAAUUUCUUCAAAUCGUGAAUUAGUUGCUUUAGGUAGUUUAAAUAUUUUUGGUUCAUUUUUUGGUGCAUUACCAGCUUUUGGAGGUUAUGGAAGAAGUAAAAUAAAUGCAAUUUCUGCAAAGACUACAAUGUCAGGUGCAAUAAUGGGAUUAGUUACAAUUUUUACAAUUCAAGUUUUACUUGAUUAUUUAUAUUUUGUUCCAGAAUGUAUUUUAAGUGUUGUAAUAGCUGUUAUUGGUAUUUCCCUUAUUGAAGAAGCACCAUAUGAAUUACUUUUCUAUUGGAGAACAGGUGGGAAAGAUGAAAUGAUUACUUUUGCAAUUACUGUAUUUACAACUUUAUUUUUUUCAAUCGAAGGUGGAAUAGCAGUUGGAUUAGUAUAUUCUUUAAUUAGAGUUAUUAAAAAUUCAGCAGAAUCAAGAAUUCAAAUUUUAGGUAGAAUUCCAAAUUCAAAUACUUUUGUUGAUGCUGAUAUUCCAAUGGCUCCUCAAGGUGGAUCUCAAUUAAAUAUUUUCAAUGAUAUGAGACAAACUCAAUUAAAUCAUGAUGCAAUUGAAGAAGUUGAAGGUUGUUUAAUAAUUAAGAUUCCAGAACCAUUAAGUUUUACUAAUUGUAGUGAUUUAUUAGUUAGAUUGAAAAGAGUAGAAAUGUAUGGUAGUACAAGAGCUCAUCCUGCUUCUAAAAGAAGUAGAGAUUUAACAAUGACUCAAUAUGUUAUAUUUGAUUUAGAUAGUAUGAAUUCAAUUGAUUCAUCAGCUGCUAAAACAAUGAAAGAAUUAAUUACAAAUUAUCAAAAAAGAGAUAUUAAAUCAUGUUUUGUUAAAGUUGCUAAACUGGUUAGACCAAUAUUAAGAGAUUCAGGUAUACGUGAUUUACUACGAAAUGAUUUAAAAAAAUUAAAAUAUUAUGAAAUUCAAGAUUUAGCAGAUAAUAGUGAAAAUGAUGGUAUAAAAAGAUGUCAUAAUUUAAUAGUUGAUGAUCCUUAUUUUGAUCAUAUUUCAGAUACAUUGAAAUUGAUUGAUUGUUUUGAAAACAUGAUUGUAUGA